GGGGGCCUGGGAGCCGCGAGAGUGCGGCCCCACGUCGGGGACCUCCUGGGGCGGAAGGAGCUUUGCUGGAGCUUUGUGGGGUGGGGGGCGUGACUUGGGCUGCUGGCCUAAGUAGGGUGGCCGAGCCAAGAUUCGGGUCUGGGAGCCCUGAAGACCUGGGGGCAUGCUCUAGCGCCCGCGAUGAUGAAUGGCCGGAUGGGGGCGGCAUCUAGACUGCCCCUAUUUGGGAGUGAGAGGGCAACAGAAUGGAAUUCGGCAUUGUUCCUAUAUAGCUUCCCGGAAACAUCUCUACGUUGAUAAAAAUACGAAGGUUAUUUGCCAGGGUUUCACCGGUAAGCAGGGCACCUUUCAUAGCCAGCAGGCACUGGAAUAUGGCACCCAACUAGUUGGAGGAACCACGCCAGGGAAAGGAGGCAAGACACAUCUGGGCUUACCAGUCUUUAAUACUGUGAAGGAGGCCAAAGAACAGACAGGAGCGACAGCUUCUGUCAUUUAUGUUCCUCCUCCUUUUGCUGCUGCUGCCAUCAAUGAAGCUGUUGAGGCGGAAAUGCCCUUGGUUGUGUGCAUUACUGAAGGUAUCCCACAGCAGGACAUGGUGCGGGUCAAGCACAAACUGCUGCGUCAGGGAAAGACCAGGCUGAUCGGGCCUAACUGCCCUGGAGUCAUCAAUCCUGGAGAAUGCAAAAUUGGCAUCAUGCCUGGCCAUAUUCACAAGAAGGGAAGAGUUGGUAUUGUAUCCAGAUCUGGGACCCUGACUUAUGAAGCGGUUCACCAAACAACACAAGUUGGACUGGGGCAGUCUUUGUGCGUUGGCAUUGGAGGUGAUCCUUUUAAUGGCACAGAUUUUAUUGACUGCCUUGAAAUCUUUCUGAAUGAUCCAGCCACAGAAGGCAUCAUAUUGAUUGGUGAAAUUGGCGGUAACGCAGAAGAAAAUGCUGCAGAAUUUUUGAAACAACAUAAUUCAGGUCCCAAGGCCAAGCCUGUGGUGUCCUUCAUUGCUGGUUUAACUGCUCCUCCUGGCAGGAGAAUGGGUCAUGCAGGGGCGAUUAUUGCUGGAGGAAAAGGUGGAGCCAAAGAGAAGAUCUCUGCCCUUCAGAGUGCGGGAGUUGUGGUCAGCAUGUCUCCUGCGCAGCUGGGAACCACCAUCUACAAGGAGUUUGAAAAGAGGAAGAUGCUAUGAAAGGAGAACCAAGAAGUUGCCUAAACCUAUGGAAUGAAUCAUUAUGGAAAUAUGAACCCGUGGCUGUUUGCGUCUGUUGUCCCGAUUGUCAACCUGUGCGCCUAUCGCUGGUCUGGCUGUACAGCAGAAAGCCAGAGCAAGGUUCAGAACGUCCUAGAUUGAGAGGUUUCCAUCGCAUCGUAUAGCAGACAGCCAAUAAAGCUACCAUUUGAUUUGAA